AUACAAUAUCGUAGAUGGCGCCAGAUAACAUAUGGUCACCCUAAUAAAAACGUCUUAUUAAAUAUAUCGAUACUAUCGUAAAAAUAGUUUGGUGUGAAUAUUUUGCGACAAUUAGGUCACACUCGUUGUUUUUUGUUGCAGACGUUCGUUUCGUCUUGUUUUUUCGUGUCCGUUUAUAUCGCUCCGUUUGUAUGUUUCGUGUCGUGUGCCUCAUCUUCGCAGGCUGCUUUGGUUAACAAAUAGUGUGCAAUACAAGUGCAAUAUUAAUUAAGUAAUAAUAUAAACGCAAAUGUAUAUACAGUGGAUAUAUACAUAUGCGAGUGCAAUACAAACGAAUGACCAUGUUAUAGCCAUACAAAAUACAUAAAAAAAAAAAAAAAAAAAAAAAACAUAAAACACCCCUCUUUGUACCAUAACCUCCCUAACCUACAAAAAAAAAAGCAAAACAAAAAUCUGCGAAACCUUCGACAAUCAUUGAGUUUUACUGUACUUGAAAAAUGGACUGUGCCACGCGAAAACAACAACAAUUACGGGCACAUCAUCAGCAGCAACAAAUACAAAGACAAACACAUGGACGAAAGAGGCGGCGAUUACAACAACAAAACUGUUACCAACAACAGCAAUAUGUGUGGCUUGUUGUUGGCAUUUUGACAAUUUUUUGGACUCAGCACACAAAUGCCGCUGAUCUGGUGAUUAAUGUACCAAAUGCGAGCAGCAAUGACAACGCCUUCUACAGGAUCGACUAUAGUCCGCCCUUUGGCUUUCCAGAGCCAAACACCACAAUCCCGGCCAGCGAGAUUGGCAAGGACAUCAAGUUCUCCAGAGCUCUGCCGGGAACGGAGUACAACUUUUGGCUGUACUAUACAAAUUCCACGCAUCAAGAGCUGCUUACCUGGACGGUGAAUAUAACAACAGCUCCUGAUCCUCCAGCUAAUCUGAGCGUUCAACUGCGCUCCAGUAAGAGUGCCUUUAUAACGUGGCGACCGCCGGGUACUGGUCGAUAUUCGGGAUUUCGGAUCCGAGUGCUGGGACUCACGGAUCUGCCCUUUGAACGUAGCUAUACGCUGGAUGGCAACGAAACGCUGCAGCUUUCGGCCAAAGAACUAACCCCCGGUGGAAGUUACCAGGUUCAGGCCUACUCCGUUUAUCAGGGCAAGGAAUCGGUGGCCUAUACGAGUCGCAACUUCACCACAAAACCCAACACUCCGGGCAAGUUCAUCGUUUGGUUCCGGAAUGAGACCACAUUGCUGGUGCUGUGGCAACCACCAUUUCCUGCUGGAAUCUACACUCACUACAGGGUAUCCAUAACACCGGACGAUGCCAUACAGAGUGUAUUGUAUGUGGAACGGGAAGGAGAGCCUCCGGGACCGGCUCAGGCGGCUUUCAAGGGUCUUGUUCCCGGCAGGGAAUACAAUAUAUCGGUGCAAACGGUUUCCGAGGAUGAAACAUCAUCGAUACCGACCACAGCCAGAUAUUUAACCGUACCAGAACGUGUCCUGAAUGUCACAUUCGAUGAGGCCUAUACCACAUCGAGUUCCUUUCGCGUGAGAUGGGAUCCACCGCGAACGUAUAGUGAAUUCGAUGCCUACCAGGUGAUGCUCUCCAUGUCGCGAAGGAUAUUUAAUGUUCCGCGUGCAGCGGAAGGCGAGUCGGUAUACUUUGAUUAUCCAGAUGUCCUGGAACCGGGACGCACCUAUGAAGUGGUGGUCAAGACGAUAGCAGACAAUGUGAAUUCAUGGCCAGUCAGCGGAGAGAUAACAUUGCGUCCACGUCCAGUUCGUAGUCUGGGCGGAUUCCUCGAUGAUCGCAGUAAUGCCCUGCACAUUUCCUGGGAACCGGCGGAAACAGGCCGACAGGAUGCCUACAGAAUAAGCUACCAUGAGCAGACCAAUACAAGCGAGGUGCCGCCACUAUUUCCAGUUGUCACCGAAUCCCAGAUCACCACGAAUCUCACGGAGUACACACUGGAUUCGCUGUUGGCAGGACGUCGCUAUCUGAUUUCUGUCCAGGCAUUGUCUAAAGGUGUCGCCUCCAAUGCCAGCGAUAUCAUACGCUAUACACGUCCAGCAGCGCCAUUAAUCCAGGAAUUGAAGAGCAUCGAUCAGGGUCUCAUGCUUAGCUGGCGGAGUGAUGUGAACUCUCGUCAGGAUCGUUAUGAGGUGCACUAUCAGCGUAAUGGAACGCGCGAGGAGCGCACAAUGGCCACCAAUGAGACGAGUUUAACGAUUCACUAUCUACAUCCUGGAUCAGGUUACGAGGUUAAGGUGCAUGCCAUCAGCCAUGGGAUCCGAAGUGAACCGCAUUCAUAUUUCCAGGCAGUCUUUCCCAAACCGCCACAGAAUCUCACCCUGCAGACAGUGCACACGAAUCUGGUGGUUCUCCAUUGGCAAUCACCGGAGGGCAGUGAUUUUAGUGAAUAUGUGGUUCGCUAUCGUACGGAUGCUUCUCCCUGGCAGCGGAUUGCCGGAUUGCAUGAGAACGAGGCAAGAAUCGAGGAUAUGCACUAUGGCGAACGUUAUCUGGUGCAGGUGAACACCGUUAGCUUUGGCGUUGAGAGCCCACAUCCGCUUGAGCUGAAUGUGACGAUGCCACCGCAACCGGUUUCUAAUGUGGUGCCAUUGGUGGAUUCACGUAAUCUCACCCUGGAAUGGCCCAGGCCCGACGGGCAUGUAGAUUUCUACACGCUCAAAUGGUGGCCAACCGAUGAUGCCGAUCGUGUGGAGUUCAAGAAUGUUAGCCAACUGGACGACUUAAGCUCACCCAGCGUAAGGAUACCUAUUGAAGAACUAUCCCCAGGUCGUCAGUAUCGCUUUGAAGUACAAGCCAGUUCCAAUGGCAUUCGUUCCGGAACUACUCAUCUUUCCACACGCACCAUGCCACUUAUCCAAUCCGAUGUCUUUAUUGCGAAUGCUGGACAUGAGCAGGGUCAGGACGAAACUGUGACCCUUAGCUACACACCCACUCCAGCGGAUAGCACUCGAUUCGAUAUAUAUCGCUUUUCUAUGGGUGAUCCAAAGAUCAAGGAUAAGGAGAAACUGGCCAACGAUACGGAACGUAAGUUGAGUUUCUCGGGAUUGACCCCAGGAAAGCUGUACAACGUUACCGUUUGGACAGUGAGUGGAGGAGUGGCCAGUUUGCCAGUCCAGCGGUUAUAUCGCCUGCAUCCGCUGCCCAUCAGUGACUUAAAGGCCACUCAGGUGGCUGCCCGUGAGAUCAGUCUACAAUGGACAGCUCCUGCUGGAGAAUAUACCGAUUUCGAACUGCAGUAUUUAAGUGCUGAUGAGGAGGCACCACAAUUGCUCCAGAAUGUGACCAAAAAGUCUGAGAUUACGCUGCAGGGCUUGCGUCCGUAUCAUAAUUAUACAUUUACCGUGGUGGUGCGAGCUGGUUCCACCCUGGGCGCCGAUUCGGAUGUUUCAGGCAGUACAUUGAUGCGUAGCAGUGCUCCCAUAUCGGCGAGCUAUAAAACGCUGGCUGCACCACCCGGAAAGGUGGACUACUUCCAACCGAGUGAUGUGCAGCCCGGUGAGGUGACCUUCGAAUGGAUUCUGGAAGCCGGCGAACAGCAUGGACCCAUUGACUAUUUCCGCAUUAUAUGCCAGAAUGCCGACGAUGCAGCUGAUGUGUCAAGUUAUGAAUUCCCGGCGAAUGCUACGCAGGGCAGAAUUGGAGGUUUGGUACCUGGCAACCAGUAUAUAUUCCGUAUCCAAGCGAAAUCUUCGUUGGGUUUUGGAGCCGAAAGGGAACACAUUCAAAUAAUGCCCAUACUGGCACCUCCUGUCCCAGAACCCAGUGUAACACCCUUGGAAGUUGGCAGGACGAGUAGCACCAUAGAGAUCAGUUUCCGUCAAGGUUACUUCUCCAAUGCCCAUGGCAUGGUGAGAUCCUAUACGAUAAUCAUAGCUGAAGAUGUGACCAAGAAUGCGUCCGGUUUGGAGAUGCCCAGUUGGCAGGAUGUCCAGGCAUAUACCGUGUGGUUGCCCUACCAAGCAAUAGAGCCAUACAAUCCCUUCCUCACCAGCAAUGGCAGUAGAAGAAACACUCUGGAAGCGGAGCAUUUUACGAUAGGAUCAGCCAACUGCGAGAAACACCAGGCGGGCUAUUGCAAUGGUCCACUGAGGGCUGGAACGACGUACAGGAUUAAGGUGCGUGCCUUUACGGACGAGGAUAAGUUCACGGAUACGGCGUAUAGUUCUCCGAUAACGACCGAACGUAGUGAUACCGUAAUAGUGGCUGCCACCAUGGCGGCGGUGUUGCUGGUGGCAAUGGUGCUAUUGGUGGUAUAUUGUCAGCAUCGCUGCCAAUUGAUACGGCGUGCCUCCAAGUUGGCCCGCAUGCAGGAUGAGCUGGCCGCCUUGCCCGAGGGUUACGUCACACCUAAUCGUCCGGUUCAUGUAAAAGAUUUCGCCGAACACUACAGACUCAUGUCGGCCGAUUCGGAUUUUCGUUUUAGCGAGGAAUUCGAGGAACUGAAGCAUGUGGGACGCGAUCAAGCUUGCAGCUUUGCCAAUCUACCCUGCAAUCGGCCCAAGAAUCGAUUCACCAAUAUCCUGCCCUUUGAUCAUUCGCGUUUUAAGCUCCAGCCGGUGGACGAUGACGAUGGUUCGGAUUAUAUUAAUGCGAACUAUAUGCCGGGACACAAUUCCCCGCGUGAAUUCAUCGUCACCCAGGGACCAUUGCAUUCCACACGCGAGGAGUUCUGGCGUAUGUGCUGGGAGAGUAAUUCACGGGCCAUUGUCAUGCUAACGCGAUGCUUCGAGAAGGGACGUGAGAAGUGCGAUCAAUAUUGGCCCGUCGAUCGGGUGGCCAUGUUCUACGGGGACAUCAAAGUGCAGUUGAUUAUUGACACGCACUUCCACGACUGGAGCAUAUCAGAGUUUAUGGUCUCAAGGAAUUGCGAAUCGCGGAUAAUGCGGCAUUUCCAUUUCACUACAUGGCCGGACUUUGGAGUUCCAGAGCCGCCGCAAUCGCUGGUGCGCUUUGUACGCGCCUUCCGCGAUGUCAUUGGCACCGAUAUGCGUCCCAUUAUCGUCCAUUGCAGUGCAGGAGUGGGCAGAUCGGGCACGUUUAUAGCUUUGGAUCGUAUACUGCAGCACAUUCACAAGUCAGAUUACGUUGACAUCUUUGGCAUCGUAUUUGCCAUGCGAAAAGAGCGCGUUUUCAUGGUGCAGACGGAGCAGCAGUAUGUGUGCAUCCAUCAGUGUCUGCUGGCGGUGCUGGAGGGCAAGGAGCAUCUGCUGGCCGAUUCACUCGAGCUACAUGCCAACGAUGGUUAUGAAGUGACUAAAAUUUACUUAGAGCGCCAGCCGCAAACCAAAAUGGGAACCUUGCCCAUAAGAGCUUCUUUGGCCAGGGCCGAGGAACUGGAUGCUGAUUUAAUCGCUGACAAGGAUCAGGACGAAGAUGAGGAGCAGGAGCUGCAAAAGCAGAAGCAGCAGUUGACCAAGGAAGAGAAUCACAAGACUAGCCAUGAUGAUGAUCAUCAUCAUAAUAAUGAUGAUGACGAUGAUGAAGAGGAAGAUGAGGAUGAGGACGAUGAUGACCAGCAGCCGUUAAACAAUGAAACAACGGCCACUUUAUCAUCGGCCAGCUGUAGUAGCAGCACUCAGGAUGUUCAUGUGGUUAUCCAGGAGGCCAUAGAGCAGCAUCCCAAACAAGAUCAGGAAAGAAUCUGCACUGGCACAAAGGCCACGGCCAUCCAUUCAGACACUGACACUGACACAGACGACGACGACGACGACGAGGAGGCCAAGGAUGGGGCUGUUGCCGAUGAGGAUGGCUGGUGGUAUUGAUAGAAAAGUCGACUUUUUUCUAGAUGACGAGGGCAUAGCUGAGACGGGAAUCUGAGGAUGCUCUUGCUGUGCUGUUUUUGGGGAAUAUCUACAUAAAGAUAUAUAUAUAUAGUUAUUUUUUUUAUACAUAUACUGUACGUAAAAUCUGCCUGUGAUGUGCUGGAUGUGAUUUGUCUACAAAAUGGCAUUUGGAGUUGCUGUCAAAUGAGUUGAGUUUUGUGGCCUUUAUCCUGCCAAGUCGGUUUGGGAGAAAAGGCCUCAAGUUUUGGCCUGUGCCAUUUAUGCGCGUGUACGCUGUACCGCCUGUUUGCCAUAGAGCUAAGCUAGCUAGCCCGCUUAUUUAAUGUGUAAUGCCGCCAAAAUUAGACCAAACCAACAAGAGCGUAAACUUAAGCUUCAGGUGUAAUAAUCUAUUACCUAUUUUAUACUAUUUUAUCAAUACACCUGUACCUAUUAUCUACUAUAUAUAUAUAUAUAUAUCACUAUUAUUACUAUUACUAUUUUGCUCUUUGCGUGUUGUGUAUAGAAAUUUGUAAAUUUGUUUCCAUUAUUUUUUUUUUUUUAUAUAUAUAUAUAAUGUGUGCGCGUCGAUCGAUAUUAUAUGGACUAUAUUUACGAUUACUAUUAAUUCUAAAAACGAUUGUGUAUUAUUUUUAUUAUUAUUAUAGUUAUAGUUAUAGUUACUUUAUAUCGAUAGACUUUAGUCCAUGAUUAUUAGUCAGCGAAAUGUUGGCUCUAACUGCAUUGCAGCUUUCCACAGCUUGCUCUUUGGCCAUUAAUCUGUCUCGAAUUAUAAUUAUAUAUGUACCACAUAUAUGCGAUUCCAUUGGAUCUGGCCAGGGCAGCAAUUUAGCAAUUUGUAACAUUUUGUGCAGUUAAAGUUAUUAGCAUUUAUUUUUAUUGUAUUUAAUUAUUUUAUUUUUAUAAAUGUGCAUCUACACAAGAUCAAUAAAUUUCUAUUGAGAACAUGAACGAACAAAAAAAAAAAAAAA